AAAACGCUUCAGCGACAGAACUAUUGAAGCAAGCACGCCUCAUGACGCAGUUGUGUUGUAGUCAGAUCUUAUCCUAUGAGAGUUUGUGUGACUAAAUAGGUGGAGCGCGGUUAUUAUUUACAGUGCUCAAAAUCGAAAGCACUUUUGUUAAUCUGUACUGCUAUAUAGUGCUUAUAUGCUCAUUGUUCUGGUUGCAAAUAAAUCAUUCCAGAGCUACGACCAGAAUAAUUCCUGUCUCUUUAUAGGGAAUCUGCGUGGAUUGUUUAUUAUUGUUAUUAUUAUUAUUAUUAUUAUUAUUAUUGCUUAAGUUAAAUUGAUCACUGAAUAUUUAUUAUAAUAUGGACGUUUUUGAGCAAAAUAAUUCAGCAAUAAACACCACCACUCCGACUGAAAACUGGACAUAUGUAUACUCAGCAGUUCGAUGGAUUCAGAUGAUCAUGGCUGUCCUAAGCAUCUUUGGUGCUGGCUCCAUAAUCAUAUAUGCCAUUUUUCAAAGACUUGUAAGAAAACCAGAGGUGCUGCCACUAUUCUUGCUAAGUUUAACAGACCUACUGUUAGCUUUGAGUUGGAUGUGUGGGGGUCUUCUCUUCACCCAGUCCUGUAACUCCUAUGCCACCUGCUAUAACCUACACAUAGUGGAACAGAUGCUGUAUAUGGCAUCUUUCUUUUACACACUGCACUAUGUUUGGGUGCUGUACACUGGACUGAGCAGGAAGUAUUACAGGAUACUGAAUGGUUUCCCAGCUGAGCAUCCUGCACAAGCAAGAAACUGCAGAUGUUUGGUGCCAGUAGUGUCAUGUCUUUUACCUCUAGUGCUGACAGCGCCCGUCUUUGUGGCAGGAAAUGUGUUUCAGUGUUAUACAAACUUCACCCAGCCCUACAGAUGUUUGCUGAUGCAUACGGGUGCUGUGUAUCUCACUUCAUCUACAAUAACAGAGGUCACAGCAUGUAGCAUCAUCCAAAUCUACUGUAUGGCCAUCUUCCUUACCACCUUCUUUUUCACCUUCAUCGGCAUCACGACUCUUAUGUGUAAAGCUCGGUCCCUUUACAAGCGUGUUGUCACGUCUCAGGGUUUUUUUGGUGACCAUCAUUGGGAAACCUUGCGUAUCCUGGAACGACGUAUGCUGCUCUAUCCCUCAGCCUUCUUCUUCUGCUGGAGUCCAGCAAUUUUGCUGGCCACCAUGAUUCUGGUGAAGCCUGACAUCAUAGAAGGAAGGUUAGGAGUCAUCCUCUACAUCUUGCAGGCUUUUACCUCUGCAUCUCAAGGUCUGUUGAACUGCCUGGUAUACGGAUGGACACAACAACACUUUCGUUCUCUCAGCAGCAGUACCUUCCGUGAUGUUAACACGCAGACUCCACUUUUACGCUCGCAGAAAAAAAACUAUGCUGCUUUGCGUUCUGGUGGCUCACUCACUAAUGUUGUCUGACAGAAAGACACUUCAAGAUAAAUCUCAAGCAUACAGCGCUAUGCCAUAAAAACAAAAUGUGUUGCAAUUACACUGUCAACCAAUUUUUUUCAUAAAUCAAAAUCGUUAAGCAAAAGUUAAAGGUGCACUCAGUAACUUUUGUCUUUGUGUCAUCUUGGACUUACACUGACACCUAGCGGCUUGGAUGCAGCAUUAUUUAAAAUCAAUAGUUUUCAGUUAUAGAUGUCACUGUAGAAAUUCACUAUUCACAGCCAGCCAGGAUUAAUUAAAUCCCUGAGUGAAACUGUCCAAUAACAGGACGGUUACUGAGAUUUAGCGAGUAGUAUUCGGCUGGUCAUGUGAUUCUAACAUGGCAGCCCCCAUGAGGGGACCCUCUCCAUGUAGAAUAAAACAGCGUUUAUAAGGUUACUGAUGUGACUGAAUUCUUCAACUCAUGUGAGUGGUCAUGAUUUUAGAUACUGGCUUCAAAAUUACAGUUCAUUUCUUUAGAAGUAAAACUUUUGUGCACCUUUAAUAUCUUUCAUGAUGGAAUGACUGACAAUCCCUUGAGGCAUUACGCAUGAUGUAAUUGAAUUAAAAACAAUGGAAAAUAUAAAACUAUUGAUUUAAAGUUGUUGAUUAUAAAUAUAGAAACAAUAUAUUUCAAGUUUAUUGCAAAAUAAUCAGAUAAAUAUAUGCAGUGAGUAGUUUGCAUCAUUCACAGUGUGUCAAGGAAGUGGGCGUUCACUACAGCGCUCUUUUGGCACGCUUUGUUGGCCUCUCUGAUUUGUGUAUCUUAUCAGCAGGAUCAUGAGUAGUCUGUAAAGGUUUAAAAGUUAAAAUUUUUUAAUGUAAUGAAUGUGAUUAUUACUUCGGGAACCAGAGCUGUGUGUGAAGCCAAAUGCUCCAAAAUAGGGAUGAAACUGCGUUACUUAACUGAACCACAGUGAUCAGUGCGACAAUAAUGGUGCAAACAUACUAGACAGUGGUGGGCAAAUCCAUGUACUUUCACAGUCCACUGAUAACAUGACGCAAGGGUGUAAAUACAGUCAUGGACAGGGCAAAAAUCAGAGAUGUGUCAAAAUCUGUGUGGUCCUUCAAGUACACUAAACCAAACCCUGCUUAAAAUAAAUCUUAAACCAACCUAAGCUGGUUUGCUGGUCUUAGCUGAUGUCUCAGCUUGGUCAGGCUGGUCUGUUGGCUGGUUUUUGAGGGGUGUUAGGCACUUUUUAGCUAGACCAGCUGGGAGACCAGUUAGACCAGCUUAAAAGGCCAGCAGUCAGCAAGGUAUGGUUUUUAUACCACUGCUGGAAUGAUGUGUGCUUCUGUCAAAACAACACCAUGUGGUAGAUAAUAAGGGUGCUUGUACACUAGCAUAAAGAGUCUUGGAUUUGUUAAAGAUUUUAGAUGCAGCACCUGGUGUUAGCUGAGCCAAAAGCAAAUAGAGGAAUCCACCUCAAGAAAAUGUUUCAUCAUCCCACUUCAUGAUAUGUGAAUAUUUGCUAUAGUAACCUUUUGCAAUGACACGGUCAAGACUGACAACUACUGAAAUGUGAAAAAAGGAAAGACCAAAGGGGGGAGUACAGCCAGAGGGAAACAGCUCUGAAACAGGAUUUGAGAGCACAAUACUGUUACUUUCCAUCCAUUUUUUUUUUGUUUCUUUUUUUUUUUUUUUUUGAGUUGGAGAAUCUUACAUUCUUCUCCAUUACAGAAUGACUUAACGGCAUCUUAUGUUUCUUUUGAACUAAAGAAAUAUGAGUUUCUGAAUGCAUUUGUUUAAAGUUUACAUGUGUACAUUUCGGUAUUCUUGAUACCUGUUUUUCAAAAUACAAAUAAUUUUAAUUAAACUGAAUUAUGUGUCGAAGUAGGCCUACUGUGAGGGUUGAUUUCUGUCUUUUGAAUACUUAUUAUUAAAUAUUGAGCUUUUCUGCCACAUUCUUUUUGCCAAUCAAUCAGCCAUGUGGACAAUGAAUGAUUGUGAGUUGCAGUGUGACUCUGCAGUACAAACAUUUGUGUCGUAUUCUUGACAUUGUAAACACAAAGUGUGUACUGUAAUUGGUCACUUUCUCUUUAAUAUUGUGACAUGCAGGAAGAAUAUGUGUCAAAGUCAGUCGCACCAAAUACUUUGGAAGUAAAUACUGCCCUCUGCUGCAAGUACUGUUACUUGAAAUAGAGAGAUAGAUAGAUAGAUAGAUAGAUGUCCAUCCAUCCAUCCAUCCAUACAAUGAAGGUAAAUGGUGACUGAGGCUGUCAGUCCCUAACAUUCUGCCUAACAUCUUGUGUGUGUGUGUGUGUGUGUGUGUGUGUGUGUGUGUGUGUGUGUGUGUGUGUGU